GCGCGCGUCCUGCUCGCGGCACGCGUGCCGCCAGGGCUCAGGAUGAGGAGCGCAACGAGGCGAGGAUUGGCCACGGCCUUCAGGAGAGGGCACGAGGGUCCGCUGGACUCCAAGAGGUUGGAGGGCGGCCGUGCGAGGAGCAGGUUGGACGUGGUGGACGUCCUUCGGGCGCGCUGCGGAGGCCGGAUGUGCUUCCACAGAGGCUUGGAUACGAAGCUGAUCGUCGUGCGGUUCGCACGGAAGCACGUGGAGGUACGGACGAGCGGUUCGACUACCAGCAGAGGGUUCGUGCAGAGGGCACUGCACAAGGAGGGUAUCAGGGCGCUGCGGGAGAGCGAGGAGCCAGGGGAG